AUGUUUUAGGGUCCUGCUGGAGCGCUUCCUGGUCCACGUAUAGAGAAGCUUACCAAUAUCCUCGUUGACAGAUAAUGACAUUUGACCAUGUUUAUUACAACGUUUUUUCUAAUUUAGGUAUACCUCAGUGAUAGCCAGGUGACUGGACAUAAUUUGAGGUUUACGAGCUAUUUCAAACGGAUCCAAAAUGUCCUGGUUUACUGACUUGGCUGGAAAAGCCGAGAACUUCCUGAACAAAGUGGACCAGGGAGCUGCCACUGCCCUCAGCAAAAACCAGGCCGCGACAUCCUCCUUUUCAUCACCCUACGAAGGAGGGUCUGCUGUCACAGAUGAGUACGGCUCUGCGGCAUUCAACCCGGCUGCAACACAUCCCUACGGGUCUUCCCACGAUGCUCCGAGCUACGUUUCCGCCGCUGCUGGCAACGUCAAGAAAUCCAGUGCAACCCUGCUGGCUGGGACAGCCAAUGUGCCCAGUGGCCCCGUCGCUCCCAACUCCGCAAAGACUUCCUCCAGCUUUGUGCGGCCCAAGAAGAGCGAGCAGGACGUGGACGAUGACAUGCUUUUCGACUUCCUGAACAGCUCCGACCCACCCGCGGGCAACAGGAGGGACUCGAGGCGGGAACUUGUGAAAGUGGUUGCUCCGGUCAUAGAGGCCCAAAAUCCAACACCUCCACCUUCCGCUGUCCCCUCGGCUCCAUCCACUCCCCCUUCUACUCGCGGAGUAUCCAGGGCCUCCAGCAUGAGCUCUCUCUCUGCUCACAGCGUCAAAACGUCAGAGAGCUCGGCCAGAGAGCAGAGCCAAGACACGCCUGAGAGUUCGGACUCCGGUCUGGCUGCGCCCCAGGAGUCCAGCAGACAGGAGCCCCCUCCCCCGGCAGAGGAGCCGCAGAGCCAGGUCCUGUCCAGCCUGCGUCUGGAGAACCAGCUGCUGCGCAGCGAGGUGGCCUCCCUCAACCAGGAGAUGGCUGCGGUCAUUCAGAGGGCCAAGGACUUGCAAGAUGAGUUGAACCAGGCCCGUCUGCGUGCAGACAGAUGGAACACUGAGCAGUCCCAGACUGACCGCACGCUACGACAACUUCAGUCGCAGGUCGACGACCUCACAGAAGCGCUCUCUGCCAAAGACGGCCAGCUCGCGGUCCUCAAAAUCCGGCUCAAUGAAGCCGACCAGCUUCUUAAAACUCGCAGCAACGCUUUAGAGGAGGUGCAGAAGGAGAAGUCAAGAGUUAUCCAAGACCACACAGAAGGCAGCAGCAUGCAGACCCAGGCCCUUGAAACGAUGCAGGAGAGGCUGCGAGAGGCCGAACAGACCGUCAGGAGGGAGCAGGACAGCUACCGGCAGAUGCAGAACGAGUAUUCGUGCCGCUUGGCAAAGUUAGAGGCGGAGAGGCAGACCCUCGCCGAGACGGUGACGGCAGGAGAACGGCGAGCCACAGAGGAGAAGUUUAAGAUGGACGACUUCCAGCAGCAGCUGAGGAGCGCCAAAGCCGCGGCCGAGUCCGCCAAGCAAGAGCUGCAGGACUACAAGCACAAAGCGUCGCGCAUCCUACAGUCCAAAGAGAAGCUGAUCAGCAGUCUGAAGGAGGGAUCCGGUCUGGAAACGGGGGACGGCAGCGGGGCCUUGGCUCUGGAAGUUGAGGAGCUGCGUCAUGAGAAAGAGCUGCAGAGGGAAGAGAUCCAAAAGCUGCAGGGGCAAGUCAGCACCCUCCGGACUGAGAUACAGGAUUUGGAGACUCAGGCCCUGACAGAGGCAGAGACAUGGCGGGAGCAGCAGGUGCAUUUACAGGAGCAGCAGAGCCUUCAGAAUCGAGCUAAACAGGAGCUGGAAGCUGAAGUAGAGCGCUACAAACAGUUGACCAACAAGACUCUGAGCAGCAGCAGCCAAACGGAGCUGGAGAAUCGACUCCACCAGCUGACAGAGACGCUGAUCCAGAAGCAGACCAUGCUGGAGGCUCUGGGCACGGAGAAAAGCUCCCUGGUUUUCCAGCUGGAGCGCCUGGAGCAGCAGCUGAAGAGCGCUCAGGGAGGGCAGAGUGGAGGGCCGGCCAUCAACAUGAGCGGCCUCGAAGCUUCAGGAGCACGACAAAGAAGCACGCCAGUGCUCUUUAGUGACCAGGACAGCCCAGGGGUAUAUGGCAAAGUACGAAAGGCUGCCAGCACUAUUGACCGUUUCAGCAUAAGACUUGGAAUCUUCCUGAGGCGCUACCCAAUGGCCAGAGUUUUCGUUAUCCUUUACAUUGCGGUACUACACCUGUGGGUAAUGAUUGUUCUUCUGACUUACACACCGGAAAUGCAUGGGAGACCUGAUGGAAAACUUCAGAUUUAGUUUUUCUCAGACCUUCAGUGUAAGGAAGCUGCUGGGGAAAAAAGGCUGUGGGACCGGACUCCCCUACUUUGCACAUAUAUGCUAUGAACCGGAGGCAUUUCUUUCUGAUUUAUUCUUUGUUUCCAAGUGAAGAUGGAAAGCAGUCAUCUGCAUUGUAUUUUAAAAUAUUCACAGUGACAUGAUGAGCGGGUGGUUUCCUGA